AGACAAAAAUGGAAAGCUUUGGAUGAAGAGAGCCUGCCCUGGUGAGAAGUCUGAGGAUUCAGAAAGGCUGGUAUGAGGACAGUGGCUUCAACAUGAUCCACUCAGCUUAAUUUUAAACCGAUGCCGUCACCUGGUAAAUUCUGUGCUAGGGUUAUGGGUGUGUGCUGCUAUAUCCAGUUUUAAACUGGGAAUUAAACAUAGUACCUCCGCAGGAGCUGGUGCUUAGCAGAAUUCUUUGCUGACUUCAUAUUGCCUGUAGACAGUUUGAGGAGUGAUGCAGACCGAGAGUCCUCCAAGACCCAGUUUUCAGAUGCUCCCAGUGUUGUGAAGAGAGGCCCAUCUGGAUUAUGUGUUUCUCAGACAGACUAGGUAUCUGCUAACAAUGGAGAGGUGCCAGCACGUUGAGCAGCUGCAGCUUGCUCAAGGCCAUUCCAUCCUGGACCCUCAGAAAUGGUACUGUGUGGUCUGUAACACAACCGAGUCGAUUUGGGCUUGCCUCAGCUGUUCCCACAUCGCCUGUGGGCAGUAUAUCCAAGAGCACGCACUGAAGCACUUUCAAGAAAGCAGCCAUCCCGUUGCAUUCGAGGUGAACAACAUGUACGUUUUCUGUUAUCUUUGUAACGAUUAUGUCCUAAACGAUAACGCAGCUGGAGACCUGAAGUCACUACGAAGUAUACUAAGUGCAAUCAAAGGUAAAAAUUACCCUUGUGUGGUUCAGAGUGACUCGGUUUUACAUCCUGUGGAUGCACAGGACGAUUCUUUCUCCUUACACGACGGCACCCAAUCUCUGCCUGGAAAUGAAGAUCCAAUGUGCACCGCCCUCUGCUACAGGAGACGGGUGCUCAUGGGGAAAACCUUUCGAACUUGGUUUGAGCAGUCACCGAUUGGAAGAAAAAGGCAAGAGCAAACUCAGGAGAGGGCGGUAGCAAAAAGAGAGGCGAAGAGAAGGCAGGAGAUAGAGCAGCAGUUGAAAGCCGAGUUGGAAAGCACGCCCCCGCGAAAGAGUUUACGCUUACAAGGCCUGUCUGACGCGGCCACGAUCGAAAUCGUUCCAGUGCAGGUACCGCCACUACCUCCAGCAUCCCCGGCAAAGGAUGAAGCUGCGCUACCUACCUCGGAAGACGGAAAACUUAAAAAAGUAAGCGACUCCUUAAUCAAACGAAGGCCAGCAGUAACUCCUGGUGUAACCGGACUGAGAAAUUUAGGAAAUACUUGCUAUAUGAAUUCUGUUCUUCAAGUGUUGAGUCAUUUACUCAUUUUUCGACAAUGUUUUUUAAAGCUGGACCUGAACCAAUGGCUGGCUGUGGCUGCCAGUGAUAAGGCCCGAUCCUACAAGCACUCGGCUGUCACGGAUGCUGCGGCGGUGGCGGCGGCAGCACAUCAGAUGAACGAAGGGCAAGAGAAAGGCUUCGCAUGCUCCAGACUUUCGGGUUUAUCAUCAAGCCUAAGUGGAGGGGUCUCAAAAGGGCGGAACAUGGAGCUUAUUCAGCCAAGGGAGCCCAGUUCACCGUACAGUUCUCUUUGUCAUGAAUUACAUACCCUGUUCCAAGUCAUGUGGUCUGGAGAGUGGGCCUUGGUCUCGCCGUUUGCUAUGCUUCACUCAGUGUGGAAGCUGAUCCCGGCUUUCCGUGGUUACGCCCAGCAAGACGCUCAGGAAUUUCUUUGUGAACUUCUGGAUAAGAUACAACGUGAACUAGAGACAACCGGAACCAAGUUACCAGCUCUCAUCCCUACGUCCCAACGAAGACUUAUCGAGCAAGUUCUGAAUGUUGUAAAUAACAUUUUUCACGGACAACUUCUUAGUCAGGUUACAUGUCUUGCUUGUGACAACAAAUCAAAUACUAUAGAACCAUUCUGGGACUUGUCACUGGAAUUUCCAGAGAGAUACCAAUGCAGUGGGAAAGAUGCUGCCUCCCAGCCUUGUCUGGUUACUGAUAUGUUGGGUAAAUUUACAGAAACAGAAGCUUUAGAAGGGAAAAUCUACGUGUGUGACCAUUGUAACUCAAAGCGUAGAAAGUUUUCGUCAAAACCAGUUGUACUCACAGAAGCCCAGAAACAGCUUAUGAUAUGCCACCUACCUCAGGUUCUCAGACUGCACCUCAAACGAUUCAGAUGGUCAGGGCGUAAUAACCGAGAGAAGAUUGGCGUUCAUGUUGUCUUUGAGGAAACCUUAAACAUGGAGCCCUAUUGCUGCAGGGAGACCUUGAACACUCUCAGACCAGAGUGCUUUAUCUAUAAUUUAUCUGCUGUCGUAAUCCACCAUGGAAAAGGAUUUGGCUCAGGACACUACACUGCCUACUGCUACAAUUCUGAAGGAGGGUUCUGGGUACACUGCAACGACUCCAAGCUAAGCAUGUGCACUAUGGAAGAAGUACGCAAGGCCCAAGCUUAUAUCUUAUUUUAUACUCAGCGAGUUACUGAGAAUGGACACUCGAAACUCUUGCCUCCUGAGCUCCUGUCCAAUAGCCAACACCCCAGUGAAGAAACUGAUGCCUCUUCUAAUGAAGUCCUUAGCUGAUCCAGACAGUGGGCUCUCGUUAUUUGUAUAUAUACUUUUUAAAUGGGCUGACUUACGAUGCUGGGCUUCAUUGUUUUUAUUCUGUAAUUAUGAUCAGUGCCUGCUGUGUUUAGACAUUGUGUAUUUAACUACAAAGUUUUUUUUUUGGUUUUUUUUUUUUUUUUUUUUUUUUUUUUUUACAGAAACAAAACUAUAAAUAUAUGUAUAUCAACUAUAGGCCAACUAAAAUUUUUUUCAAAUAUUUUGAGUUUUAUACUUUUAGUGUUUACCUCAGACUAUUAUUACCUCUUAUAUUUUGAUGUCUUAAUUGCCUCAAAUCAUGAAUUUGUGCAAUCUACUAAAGAAAUUCAGGUGGCAUCAUUUUAUAUAUAUUGUCACCUAUUUAUCUUUUGUAGCUGUUUUCUAUACAGAGUCGAAGUACACGGGAAGAUGCUCUUCACAGAUUCUUAAUAAGAAAAGAAAGCCAUUGGUGUAUGAACUCCAGUUCUGCCCCCUUGGAGGUAAACAGAUUGGAAGUGAGAUGCUGAAGCAUCGCCUAGGCCCAGUUAUUCCUGAGGCUUCAUGCUUCUACAGGGCUCAGAAUAGAUUUAAUGCAGAUACUGCUCUUUCACUACAUUUAUUGCUUCCAUAACUGUCCUUUAUUGAGCACGAAUUCAAAGUGAAAAUGGCAGAUUUACAAAUGGUAUACUAUAAUGAACUUUGGAACUAUGGGCAGUGAAAAAAUAGUUCUAAUAAAGCAGUCACAAAAUUUUGAAUUUAGCAAACCAGUACAUUAUGAGAUGAUACAAAUGUAGUUUGAGAAGUGAGUUUUAUGUUUAAUUAUUGUAGAUCUCUUACGUACUUGAGAUUCAGUUCAAAGGAAUGACACAAAUGCAUAGGGACAUGUAUACGGCAGAGAAGACAACGGUUCAAGCACGGCACUGGGGGUUACAUCUAAGAUCUCAUUUUUCUUGAAGUAAACUAAGCCUGACUCUUGCUAGGAUUAUGUGACCAUUGGGACUCUCUCAGGACCCUGGCCCCUCUUUAAAAACACUAAAAGUGAUCAAAACUUGAAUUUACUGAAAGCAAGAGAGAUUUCUGCUACGUUCUAAAGAAAGCUUUCCAGGCCUAUGGAGCUCUGCCGCCACCACCGCCGCCGCUACUGCCCAACCAGCUCAGAAAGGGGGCUCCACCAACCUAAAGAUCCCAAGGUCCCUGUUAGCCACUGGGAGAAGCUUUUUCCCUUCUUGCUAAAUAAAGUGACUUUAUUUACAGCUUACUUCUAUGCCAGGAAGAGUUAGUUGUCUUUAGCACAGACUUCUGAAAGGAGUGUCACCUGGGGCAAGCAGCCUAUCAGAAACUCCAACAAAAACUGCAUCAACCUACAGAAGAAUCAUUUGUGCCAAAAAUACAGCUGGAGUAUAUUAGAUCUGAAAAUGCUCACUUACCCAACACGUAUGCAAACUGUUGCAUCAACUGUUAAAUAUACCUCAUUAAAGAUUUAUGUGAUAACGGUACCGAGUCCAGCCUUUAAUUUCAAGGACUGUGUUUUGAGUCAACACAUUGUAGCACCUUAUUUUUACUGGUAAUUAAAAGGAAGAAACAAAACAUGAAACCAGCACACAGCAGCCUGUUGUGCUUCUCACUAUAUUUUGUUGUGAAUCUAAAAUUGCAUUGAAAACAAAAUGCAAAUGAUGAAAAAGAAACCUGUUUCUUAUUAAAUACCUCAGAUCUACCACGGAUGUCUGCACUCUUGUUCUAACAAAAACCCAACAGUUUAGGUUGUAAAAUAGUUUACUAAAGGCACUACUGUUAAACUUCACACGCAGACUUUGUUCCAGUAAGAGGGACAUCACUAAAUGCAACAAUGAGUUUAAGGGAUACACAGCUAGUAAGCAAACACAUGUUGUUUUUGGCUUUGUGUUGGUUUUGCUUUCCUUUAUAAGGCCAUACUCUUUGAGGAUACAAUGUCCUUCUCUGCUCCCAACAGUGCUCUGAGAGAAGUCUGGACCUUACAAAAAGACUGGCUGGGCAGUGGCGAACGCCUCUAAUCCCAGCGCUUGAGAGGCAGAGGCAGGCGGAUUUCUGAGUUCGAGGCCAGCCUGGUCUACAGAGUGAGUUCCAGGACAGCCAGGGCUACACAGAGAAACCCUGUCCCGAAAAACAAAAAACACAAACAAAAACAAAGAAGAGACUGCUUAAAAGCUCUUAGAAAACCCUAAAGCUCUUUGUUUAGGGGUCAGUUUAUAAGAUCCUGGGCUUAGCUAUCAAACCACUCAAAAGACAGGAACAUGAAUCCAGAGCCAGGGUAGCCAGCUAGAGAACCUUGUGAAUGUGUGUAUUCGAGGGGAGCAACGUGACUAUGAGCACCAUUCAAGCUGCCCACAAUCCAGGUCCAGAAGUCUACCUUCUCUUUAGAGCCAAUGUGGAGCAAAAUAAAAAUGAUAAGGCAACCCAGCGCCAUUGUGCUAAGGCAUACACAAAUUAAGGCUUUACCUGGGCAAGUAACAAAUUUUGAAACUAUGGUAGAACAUUUCUAGCAAACCACAAAGAUUUUAAGCAGCUAAAUUAUCGGGCCCAGUUUAAACAGGUUAAAUGUAGCUUUACGUUCAAAUUAACACACGAUUUAUAAAAGAUAAAGCAAACCUCGUUUCCUCAAGUUAUCUGAUGCUGGGACCUCCAACUUGGAGGCCUUGAAUGUUGAGCUCACAGAGGAAAAGGCCAAUUCCAAGUUAACUUUUCUAAUUAGGACAAGAUUCAAACUUAUUUUGCUUGUGGCUUUAAUGUUGAUUUGGUUUUCUAAUGUGGAAUACAUAUCCUAUAAAUAUGAACACUGGGUUAAGUGACAUUUACUUAACAUAAAGGUUUUUCCAGUUGGCACAAUGUUUUCCCAUGAUGCUUAAAUCAGUACAUGGGGUUGGGGGAGACACAAAAUAUGCUUCUACAAAAUAAAA